GCGAUAGUUACAAGUGCGGGGUAAUUUGCAUAAUGGCUCCAACACCGCAGGAGAUACCUCAAGUGGAUACCAAGGAGACGGAGCGUGUGAAUGGCGACGAUCUGGACGGGAAACGCGUUGUCAUCUCCGGGAUUUCGGGCUCCUAUCCGCGCUCGCUCCAUAUAAAGGAACUCUCUGAGAUCCUGUACAAUAAGGUGGACCCAAUAGUGGAUGGCAAACCGCGCUGGAACUACCACCAUCCAGAAGUUCCGAAACAAGUGGGCUUAAUCCCAGGUCUGGAUCUGUUUGAUGGCCAGUUCUUCCGAGUUGCCUACCGUAUGGGGAUCUACAUGGACCCCAUGUCGCGGAAACUACUCGAACAUGUCUACCAAGCCAUAUACGAUGCAGGUGUAAACCCUGAGCAUCUGUCCGGGAAGAAAGUCGGCGUUUACGUGGGAUCUAGCUUGGCAGAAAGUAAUAAAACCGGUUUUUACUUGGGCUUUGAAGACAAGACGGGUUUAAGUAUAGCUGGGUGCAACAAGUCAAUGUUCGCCAAUCGGGUUUCCUACUGGCUCAACGCGAAGGGUCCAUCAUUGGCUGUCGACGGCGGGUGCUGCAGCUCCGCAGUAGCGCUGGAGCAAGCCUACCAGGCGCUCACUCGAGGCGACUGCGAGGCAGCCGUGGUAGGUGGCUGUAACAUCUGCCUGCAUCCGCAAACUUCUAUCCAUUUGGGCAGGUCAAUUUCUCUAUGUUUGGAUGGUAAAAAUAAAUCCUAUGACAAAUCAGCUGAUGGCUGUGUGAGAUCUGAAGGCAUUAACGUGCUCUUCUUACAAAAAGCUAAAGAUGCUUUAAGAAUUUAUGCUGACGUAGUUUACUCCAAAGUGAAAUAUAUUGCUCAUAAACAUCCUGGAAGCUGGAACCGAACAACGGAGGAAGUUACAGAAUUCCUCAAAGAAUUUUAUGAUGAAAUCAAAGUAUCUCCGAGAGAUGUUGAAUAUGUGGAAGGCUUUGGAGCAGGUGACGCUGAAGUUGACAAGACAGAGUUGGAAGCAAUAGAUAAUGUGUUCUGCGGAGGUCGCAGUGACCCUCUCUACGUCGGCAGCGUCAUGUCCAAUGUGGGCUACUUAGAGUCCGCUUCGAGUAUUGCGGGGAUUACGAAGGUGCUUCUGGGUUACCAUACUGGUCAACUGGCUGGCAACCUGCAUUGCGAGCAGCCAAGAGACGACGUGGCUGCCCUACGCGAGGGUCGCAUUCAGAUCCUGCGCGACCACAAGCCAACGGCGAGGUCGUACAUAGCUGUCAACGGUCUGUCGGUCACCGGUAUCAACUCCCAUGUGCUUUUAAAUGGUCAUUACAAGCCGAAGGACCUGACUAAAUACGAGUGCAAUAUACCGCGCCUGGUUCUAAUCUCAAGCCGAACGGACGCCGCUGUUACUAAAGUGAUAGAAGCAUUAAAAUCAAAACCUAUCGACGCUGAGGAAUUAGCUUUGAUUCAAAAUAUUCACUCUUCUAGAAUAAAUGGUCAUCUAGGCAGAGGAUUUACUAUUUUGGAUACAGAUAAAGAAUCGAAGACCACAAGUCUGUGUGAGAAGGCGACGUAUUUCGACAGCGGCGACCGGCCUCUUUGGUUCGUGUACAGCGGUAUGGGCUCGCAGUGGGCGGGCAUGGGCGCACAACUUAUGCGCAUUCCCAUCUUCGCGGCUGCUAUUGAAAAAUGUCGGCGAGUAUUAGAACCUAAAGAUAUCGAUAUUCUCCAUAUUAUAACUUCGGAUGACAAAACUAUCUUCGAUAAUAUUUUACAUUCCUUCGUGGGGAUUGCUGCUGUGCAAAUUGGAUUGACGGAUAUACUCCUUGAAUUAGGUUUAGUACCAGCCAAGAUUAUAGGGCAUAGCGUCGGCGAGCUUGGCUGCGCGUACGCUGACGGCUGUUUGACGGCCGAAGAGAUGAUUUUGGCAGCCUACAGCCGCGGCCUCGUGUCUGUGCAGACCCCCUUUAUACGCGGCUCCAUGGCAGCUGUCGGCAUGGGGUUUGAAGAGGUGUCAAAGAUGUGCCCGCCGGAAAUCGAGGUGGCCUGUCACAAUUCAACCGGGUCCAGUACCGUCUCCGGCCCAGCUGACGUUAUGACGCAGUUUGUUGCUGACUUGACAGCAAAAAGUAUCUUCGCGAAGGAGGUCGCCUGCUCCAACAUCGCCUAUCAUUCACGAUACAUUGCCGAAGCAGGACCUGGACUCCUUAAAUGCUUGAAGGAGGUUAUUAAAACACCGAAACUCCGAAGCGAGCGUUGGGUAUCAACAUCGGUACCACAGGAUAGGUGGGAAGAAGAACUAGCCAAGUUUUCUUCGGCUGAGUAUCACACUAACAAUUUGCUGAGCCCAGUACUCUUCGAGGAGACGUCCCGACUAAUCCCAAAGAACGCGGUGCUGGUGGAGGUGGCCCCGCAUGGUCUGCUGCAAGCGAUCCUUAAGCGGGCGAUGCCGUCGUGUGCAAACGUACCACUUACCCAACGAGGGCACGCAGACAAUGCACGUUUCUUACUGGAAGCCAUUGGACAAUUGUUCAUGGAGGGCUACUAUCCUGACAUUCGUCAGUUGUACCCGAAGGUCGAGUUUCCCGUCUCCACUGGGACGCCUCAUUUGUCGCACUUGGUCGAAUGGGCUCAUCACGAAAAAUGGAAGUUCCCGUCGUAUGCCAGUCCAGAAAGAGUUGCAUCUUCUACGUGCAUUUUUAAGAUAUCACUCCAUGACGCCGAACAUCUUUACUUACAUGGUCACCGAAUUGAAGGCAAGACGUUGUUCCCGUUCGCCUCCGCGCUGGUCUGCGCCUGGGACACGCUGGUAAUGGUUGCGGGUGCGCCGCUCCGCGCGUCAUCCGCGCAGUUCCGAGACGUCAUACUUCACGCGCAGCCUGUGUUGCACGAGUCGCGUCUGCUGCGGCUCACUGUCGUAUUGCAACGGGGUUCUGGCCACUUUGAGAUCGAAGAUGGAAUUACAAAAGUAGCUUCAGGUUAUGUGCUUUUGGAAACAAACAAGAAAGAGAGUGCUGAAACUGAAGGUUCUAAAGAUUCGGUGGAAGACAUUGUAAUAGGACAGGAUGAAAUAUACAACAUUCUUAAUGAGAGAGCACUUAAAAAUAAUUAUGUAUUUUUGUGUAAUUUAAAAGUUGUGUUCACUAACAGGGGUGAAUUCCGUGGUAUUCGUGAAGUAAAUCCUUCAUUAACUGCGGCCCGCGUCCCAUGGCACGGACGCUGGGAGACCUUCCUGGACUCACUACUGCAGCUCAACGUUCUUAGACAACCUCACGAUCACAUCUCACAGCCGGUCUUCAUCAGGGAAAUCAAUAUAAAUACAGACAUACAUGCUAAAUCUGUUGAGGUUGCAGACUUGAAGGUUGAAGUGUGCUCGGUCCAGGACUAUACCAGAUGUGGUGGAGUCACAUUUAAAGGCAUUAAUUUCCGUAAUAUUGUAAAAUCUGACGAAGAUUCUUUAGUUUUCGAUACAACAAAGUUUGACCCGAAAUAUCAAGUUAAAGACAUUGUAAAUGUUGAAAACGGUGAAAGAUCCGGAAAUGGAAAAGUAUUGAGGAGCAGUGUAGCUGGAGACUUGGAAUCCUUACACUGGGUUGAGGCCCCUGCUGUAGAAAGUCCUGGCAUCCCGGUUAAGGUACACUUCGCUGGUCUGAAUGCUUCCGAUGUACUCAAAGUUAAAGAACCGUUUGUUGAUCAACAUGAAUCUAGUGAUGGUGUUUAUGGAAUGGAUUUCAGCGGAAGUACUGAAGACGGGACGCGUGUGAUGGGCUUGACGCGCGGCGCUGCGCGCGAAUAUGCGCAUGCGAUGCCCCAGCUCUUGUGGCCGGUUCCAGCACACUGGAGCCUUGAAGACGCUGCCACAGUGCCCUUCGCUUAUGCACACGCAUUCUACUGCCUUGCCAUAAAAAUGUGUCUAAGCCGAGGUAUGAAAAUGUUGGUGAGCGGCGGCGCGGGCGCAACAGGACAAGCCAUAAUCGCGCUUGCGCUGCAUUCCGAGUGUCGGGUCUUCGUCGUGGUCGGCGACGUCUUCAAGAAGAACUUCUUAAUGAAAAUGUUCCCUAAAUUGAAUGCUGAUGACAUCAUUUGCUGCCGGGACGAUACAUUCCUGAACCGCGUAUUGCCUGCGACCAACGGACUUGGCUGCGAUAUUGUUAUAUGCAGUACAGGGCAAUACAAGGAUGCCUACAUACAGUGCUGUGGGACCUUAGGAUUCACGUUGGACAUUCAUCAAGUGAAGAGGAAUGAAAACUACCGGUUCAAAAUGCAGGCGUUGACUUAUGAUAGAUGUUACGUUUGCCUGGAUUUUUCUUCCCUGUUUGUUCGUAAUGACAUAGAAACCUUCCAGAGGCUGCAACGGCUAGUAGCAGAAGGCAUCAGCGCAGGUUGGGUGCGGCCGCUAUCGCGGGUGACGUACGCCCCGCAAGACGCCACGCGUGCUUUCCGCACGCUCGCCCGCGGCGCGCAUCUCGGCCGGGUGCUGUUGCGCGUGCACGAUGCGACAUCUCGUGUAGAGACCGGGGAGUGGCAGAAAUGGGGCGUAAAUGUAAAAACAUCCUCAGAAAAUCUCACUCACACCGAUUGCGCAUCAAAUCUGCUCAAGCAAAGUUUUAGUCUGGGUCCAGUUGAAGGAGUCUUUGUAGUUAUCGCUGAACAAGUGAAUGAUCAGACGCGAGAAAUCUACAAAACUCUGCUGGAGAAUUUGGACGUGCAGACAAGGAAAAUGACAUCUAUCAAGUACUUUGUAGUAAUUGGCAUCAAUAACUCUCUAGGAGAGAAAGUUUGUGUUUCAAGAGCAGCAGACGGGUUCCCGGCAAUGAUGCUUUCCGUAUCGAUAGACACAAAGGUUGAAGGUAGUUUACUAGCAAGUUACGGUGACAUUGUUAAUGCAACAGGGCGGGGACUGCAGACUAAGCAGCCCGUCAUUUUUGCUCAGUAUCCGACUGUUUGCGAACAAUCUCUAACACAACAAAUAGAAAAAAUCAUUUAUGUCAACUUAACAGGAAAUGCUGAUAGCAAAACUUUACAAGAUUUUGGCGUGACCAAGGACCAAGCUCAAAAACUUUGGGUUUAUCUGAGAGACAAGCGAAAUAUUUACAUCCCUGAAGACGAAGUUGCACUACUCAGUGUAGAAAAAAUACGAGGAAUGGAGGAAACGUUAAAAGAGUCAAAUGCAUCGGCCGAAGGCCUUACUGCUUUUAUUCCCUUCGUGGAUACUGAUGAGCUCACUGCUACAAUUAACGUUGUGGUGAUGCCCACACUCACACAAGGCUGUGACAUGAGAGACGACGAGUUCGACGCGUCCGAUGCAUGUCUGUACAUAGUCCCAGGACUACAAGGCCUGUAUCAGCGGUACAACGCGCUGUGCGAGCGACUGAAGCUGGCAGCUGUCGUGUUGCAGCCCGGUUUGGACCAGCCCGACGAGUCGCUGUCAGACAUGACCAAGAGAUAUACUACGAUGAUCCUGAAGAAAAAAGGCGAAAACAAAAAGUUUUACCUGUUAGGUCACGAACUGGGAGUACUCUCCGUUUUUGAAAUCGCUGCAGCACUAGAAGAUCAAGGCAUGACGGGCACGGUGUUCUGCCUGGGUGGCGGGCCGGACGAGUUCAUGGCCGAACUAGAGCGGCAGCUGUUCCUGGCGCACGAGGGCGACGACCCAGAGUCAGCUCUGCAGGAGGCGGUGGCGAGGCAUAUGUGCGCGCUCAUGGGGUAUUCGUCGCCGCAGCUCGACGCUGCGUUGCGCGACGCCCCGACAUGGCCGCAGAAGGUGAAGGAGAGCGUGAAGGCUUUGCGCGGACGCGUGACUCACUCGAUGCAGUACGCGCGCUUGCUGAUAGAAGCAGUUUACGCGCGCGUAAUGAAAGCCAAGCAUCACACGAGGCUCGAGCCGCGCGCGCUUCAAUCGCGAGUGGUCGUCCUGCGCUCCCCCGCGCCCUUAUACCUCGACCCCCUUGAGCUCCAGUGCUACACGCGCGAGCCACUCGUCGUGCAUGACCUACUCGCCCCGCUCGCGCUCGCCGCUGACGACCUUCGCUCUGCAGCCAUCAUAAACCAAUAUCUUGAUCAGGAAACAAUACAAUCCUUUGUUAAGAAGACUCUCUGCUUUACCUAUCUGAUGGAUUCGGAGAAUUAUUUCAAUGUUGAUGAUGAGUAA